AUGAUCUCUGAACGUGUACUCAGAUUGAAAUCUAAUUACACUGCUCAUGGAUUGAGGACUUGCGUUGAAGUUGUUCUUUUGGUUGAGCUGUUCAAGCAUCCACAUGUUUUGCUUCUUCAGUAUAGAAACUCCAUCUUCAAGCUCCCUGGUGGUCGUUUGAGACCUGGUGAAUCAGAUAUAGAAGGUCUUAAAUGCAAACUCGCAUCAAAGCUUUCGGUUAACGAGAAUGUUCUUGUUCCGGGUUUGGAGGUAGGAGAAUGCAUUGGGAUGUGGUUGAGACCAAACUUUGAGACAUUGAUGUAUCCAUUCUCGCCUCCCAAUGUGAAACACCCAAAGGUUCUGUCUGAUUCUGAACCGGUGAGGUUGUUGAAUCAUGCUGUAGAGAAGAUAUGGCCUAUUUGUAUGGAACAGAUUGCUUCUCAGAAGAUUCUUCGUCCCAUCAUACCUUGGUUCUCAGACAAGUACAGACCUUGGACCGCUAAAGAAGCUUUGAUACAACAUCUAUAUUUGGGAAGAAACCCACCUUUGUUGACUGAUAUAAGGGUUCUUCGUCCAUCUACUGGUGAUGAUCACUUGGUAUAG